AUGGAACUGAAAGCCGAGGAGGAGGAGGUGGGUGGCGUCCAGCCGGUGAGCAUCCAGGCCUUCGCCAGCAGCUCAACGCUGCACGGUCUGGCCCACAUCUUCUCCUACGAGCGGCUGUCCCUGAAGCGGGCACUGUGGGCCCUGUGCUUCCUGGGCUCACUGGCUGUGCUGCUGUGUGUGUGCACCGAGCGUGUGCAGUACUACUUCCACUACCACCACGUCACCAAGCUCGACGAGGUGGCUGCCUCCCAGCUCACCUUCCCUGCCGUCACGCUGUGCAACCUCAAUGAGUUCCGCUUUAGCCAAGUCUCCAAAAAUGACCUGUACCAUGCUGGGGAGCUGCUGGCCCUACUCAACAACAGGUAUGAGAUACCAGACACACAGAUGGCCGAUGAAAAGCAGCUGGAGAUAUUGCAGGACAAGGCCAACUUCCGCAGCUUCAAGCCCAAGCCCUUCAACAUGCGUGAGUUCUAUGACCGAGCAGGACACGACAUUAGAGACAUGCUGCUCUCCUGCCACUUCCGGGGGGAGGUCUGCAGCGCUGAAGACUUCAAGGUGGUCUUCACACGGUAUGGAAAGUGCUACACAUUCAACUCGGGUAGAGAUGGGCGGCCCCGGCUGAAGACCAUGAAGGGUGGGACAGGCAAUGGGCUAGAGAUCAUGCUGGACAUCCAGCAGGACGAGUACUUACCUGUAUGGGGAGAGACUGACGAGACAUCCUUUGAAGCGGGAAUCAAAGUACAGAUACACAGUCAGGAUGAACCUCCUUUCAUCGACCAGCUGGGCUUUGGUGUGGCCCCAGGCUUCCAGACCUUUGUGGCCUGCCAGGAGCAGCGGCUCAUCUACCUGCCCCCACCCUGGGGCACCUGCAAAGCUGUUACCAUGGACUCGGAUUUCUUCGACUCCUACAGCAUCACUGCCUGCCGCAUUGACUGUGAGACACGUUAUCUGGUGGAAAACUGCAACUGCCGCAUGGUACACAUGCCAGGGGAUGCACCAUACUGCACUCCAGAGCAGUAUAAGGAGUGUGCAGAUCCUGCCCUGGACUUCCUGGUGGAGAAGGACCAGGAGUACUGCGUAUGUGAAAUGCCCUGCAACCUGACCCGAUAUGGCAAGGAGCUGUCCAUGGUUAAGAUCCCCAGCAAAGCCUCAGCCAAGUACCUGGCCAAGAAGUUCAACAAGUCUGAACAGUACAUAGGGGAGAACAUCCUCGUGUUGGACAUUUUCUUUGAAGUCCUCAACUAUGAGACCAUUGAGCAGAAGAAGGCCUAUGAGAUUGCAGGGCUCCUGGGUGAGCUGCUCAUGAUACCUGUCCCCUUCCCAUACCACAGGCAUGGCGUGGCUCCCUACUACUCAAAGCAGGGUGCUAACUCAUCCCAUCUUCAGGUGCUUUUCCCCAAACCCUGUUGUCUAGGUGACAUCGGGGGUCAGAUGGGGCUUUUCAUCGGGGCCAGCAUCCUCACGGUGCUGGAGCUCUUUGACUACGCCUAUGAGGUUAUAAAGCACAAAUUGUGCCGAAGAGGGAAGUGCCAGAAGGAGGCCAAGAGGAGCAGUGCAGACAAGGGCGUGGCCCUCAGCCUGGAUGACGUCAAAAGACACAACCCGUGCGAGAGCCUCCGGGGCCACCCUGCCGGGAUGACUUACGCUGCCAACAUCCUACCUCACCAUCCGGCCCGAGGCACGUUUGAGGACUUUACCUGCUGAGCGCAGGCCACUCUACCAAACGCCUAGGCGGGGAGGGCUAGGAGAGCAAGGGGCCCCCUAGCUGCCUCCGCAUCUGUCCUGGAGACUCACCCACACUUCUGGGGCAGUCCUUUCCUCUUGUCUCUGAUGAGGAAGGGUGUUGACUAUAGCGUCCUCUCCCUGCCUCUUAUCCCAUUCUUUUUAUUUUAACAAAAUUAAACUAAUCUAAAAACCUGAGAGAAAGGGGCAAAGGACCUUGGGCUGCCCCCUCUCUGCUCCAUGCUGCCUCCCCUAGCUCCCAGCCUAAAUUCUUGUCUGUCUGGCUGUCUGUCAUCCUGAGUGUCUGCCUACAUUCUGCUGCCUCCAGUCACCAAAGCCCCCUCCUAUUGAGGGGUGGAGGGGAUCCUUGGGGUCUGGAAUUUGGCCCCAAAUCAGAGAAUGUACUUAAGGGGAAGGGCUAAUGGGAGGGCUUCCCCAGCCUUAAGAGACCCUCUCAGCCCAGUUAUUCCCCGAGUUUCCAGGCAGGAACUAGAACCCCAGCCUCACUCCCUCACAUAAUAUGGAAUCUCUAGCAGGUGGGGGAUCCCCUAAAGAAGUGGAGAUGGGGACAAGAUGUGGCCCUGGUGCUGUAGGCCACAUCCUGAUACUUACAAGUUCAACCCCACCCCAAAGCUGCUGGAGAGAAAUCCCAAGAGGUAGCCUUCCUCUACAUCCCAUAGAAGACCUGGCUGGUUAGCUUCCAGCUCAGGGAGAGGGGCACUGGUGCCUGACCUCACUGGUCCCUCUCCCAGAGGCCCUUGCAGAGGGCCACAUCCAUAAAUUUUCUUAUGGAACUCUCCCAAGUCCUCUGCCCCAGCUUCAUUUGCUUCUUUCAACAACCUCAUCUGCAUUUUCUAUUUCUAUAUGAUACAGACUCUAUAUUGCUAAAUCUCUGUAUAUACUUUCCUCUAACCCUGUCUGUCUUCACCCAUUCCCUCUUGUCUCUUGAGAUCCAUCCUCCUACCCAAAGUUCCCCCUUCUGUGUUUAUCCCCCCCUUCCCAGUCUUUGAAUGCCUUCGCCUGUAUAAAGAGUUGGACUCUCUCCCCCGGUGUCUGUACUGUGUACACACAUCCCUCUGAGAAGCACAAGGAGACGACACGCGCAUUGUAACCUUCGCUCUGUCUCGGUGGCGACAUAAAGGAAGCUGUGAAUCACAA